AUGUUCAGAAAUUCUCGACAACAUUUGUGGACGAAAAGUACUGAUCGGUUGCAUCCAUAUGGCAACAUUAUCAAAUCUACUUUUCAAUCAAAUCGAUCAUUUGUAUUAACAAAAUGUCGAUAUAAAACAGCAAAUAUUAAUUCAAGAAAUUAUUAUGAUUUGUUAGGUGUAGAAAGAACAGCAACACAAAAAGAAAUUAGAAAAGCAUUUGUUAAAUUAUCAAAAGAGUAUCAUCCUGAUUCGAAUUCAGCUGAUAAAUCUCUUCAUGAUAAAUUUGUUAAAAUCAAUGAAGCUUUUAGUAUCCUUAGUAAACAAUCAACACGUACUACCUAUGAUCAAACUCUAGAUCCUUCGUAUCAAUCACAUUCUCGACGAUAUUCAGCUCCUUCUUCGGCGCGUCAACAACCAGCUAGUUCUCCGUUUGAUUGGAGACAAACAAAUUUUAAUAAUCGAGGAGCUUAUCAACGUCGAUCGAGUACAACUGAUUCCGAUUGGGGAACAUCACAGUUCGAUAAAACAUUUUUUGAUAUGCUUCGUCGACGAAUGGAACAAGAUCGAAAACGUGCUAAAAAUCAUUCAUAUAAUCCACCACCAAACUAUGGAAUGAUUAAUACUUAUUUUGCUCCAUUUAGUAUUAUUUCUUUUCUUAUUGGAUUUGGUAUUCUAAUCCAUGCACUUCAAUGGCGUAUAGCAAAAUAUUCAGAUCCAAGUUUUGCUACUGAUCCAAGAACUCGUAGUUAUCAUGCUUAUCGUGAAUGGCAACGUUUAAGUUCACUAAAAGAUGUUGAAUCAGUACCUUUACGUGAUAAUUCAGCACGACGAAACGAAGAGAAAUAG